GGUUCGCCUGCUCGGUAACUAUACAACCAUAAACGGCCACCGCACUUAAAAGCCCUAAUUUUGAAAAAUCUAGCAAUCAAAUCGAUUCCCUCCUCUCUCGCUCGACUAAAUUGAAAUGUACGGAUCCGAUAGAGUCACCGAUGAAUCGGAACGAACAGCUUUGCGGAGAGCAGAGAAGAAGUACAAAUUAUACUACGAUCAGGAUUCUAAAUCCUCAAAAAACAGAAAAAAGCGACCAAAGCAAGUGGAUUUAUCGGAGGUUUUAGAUUUCAAGUCAAUUUUGGACUCUUAUAAUCAAAACGGUGAACUUUCUUACGGAAUUUUAGCGGUUCACUGCGGUUUUGAUCGUCCCGUCUUCUGCUUGGAAAGUCGCCCAGGUUUUUAUUUCAUUCCUGGAGCAUUAAGCAUAGAGGAACAAUGCCUAUGGAUAAGAGAGAGCUUGAUGAAUUUUCCUCAGCCUCCUAACAGAACAAAUCACAAUGCUAUAUAUGGGCCUAUACAUGACUUGUUUAUCGCAGCAAAGGGGAGGAAAGUACUUAUGGAGGAUGAGAAUUCACUUCUCAAUUUGGAUGGAUCUGAUGCCUGUGUUGAUAAUGGAGAUGCUUGUAGAUGGAAAUUUUAUGAAGAAUAUGUUGCUUCAUCAAGAGGAAAGACAUGUAAAUCCGUUUCUGCUUCAGCUUUAUUGCGAAGGCUACGUUGGAGUACCCUUGGCCUGCAAUUUGACUGGUCCAAGCGAAACUACAAUGUAUCUCUCCCACAUAACAAGAUCCCUAAUGACCUCCAGCAAUUGGCUAAAAGAUUGGCUGCUCCUGCAAUGCCUAUGGGAGAAGAAUUCCGCCCAGAAGCUGCCAUAGUAAACUAUUUUGGAUUAGGUGAUACCCUUGGCGGCCAUCUGGAUGACAUGGAAGCUGAUUGGAGUAAACCUAUUGUUAGCAUGAGUUUGGGCUGCAAGGCUAUAUUCCUUUUGGGAGGAAAAUGUAGGGAGGAUCCGCCAUUAGCAAUGUUUCUACGAAGUGGUGAUGUAGUGCUAAUGGCUGGAGAAGCAAGGGAAUGCUUUCAUGGUGUGCCUCGAAUCUUCACAGAUGAAGAAAACGCUGAAAUCUCACCACUUGAAUUGCAUUUCUCACAAGAAAAUGAUCUCUUACAGUAUAUUAGAACAUCGAGAAUCAACAUCAAUAUCAGACAAGUUUUCUGAGCAUGUUGAUUCUUUCUCCUACAGACUGUAGAAUUUUAAUCGCUAUUGAAUUAUAGAGGCUGAUGGAAAGAUGAUAGUUUUUGAAGAUCUCAGAAGCAUCCGUACAAAGAUUAAUUCGAAUGGUUGCACCAACAAUAAGAGUAAUUCGUUUUUAGUUGAAAUCUAAACAGUUUUGGAGGUUAGAGAGGGUAGAAGACAGGCAACGGAAAAGAUUCAAUUGCUAUUGCUGAUGAUUUAACAUACUCUAACAUGAUCUAAACACAGAAAUAGGUUUAAUAUUCUGUACUCCAAUACAUUUUUCAGUUUAGACCGAACAUGUCCUUUCAGCCAGAUUGAAUUACUAUUUUACACUAUAUAAGCAGAGACUAUUUUUGAUGAUUUGUAUUUUACGUGUUCGGGUAACAUACACAAGUUUUUAAAUUA